AUGCCAACUUCCACCGCGAACUGGCACUGGAAAAACAAAAAUGUCACACCAUGGGCAAAGGAAUGGUUCCAGCGAGAGCUGACAGCUAUCGUGAUCGAAGGGACCGAGGGAAACGUCGCGAUUUCUUCUGUGAGGAUCGACGAAGGUGAUGUCGAGCUCGGUCAGCGCAAGUCUAAGUUGAUCACGAUAUAUGACAUUCCUAUCAGGGUAGAUUGGCAAGGGGCCACGAGUGAUGGAACAAAUGUAACUGGGAAACUCAGUAUUCCAGAAGUCUCGCAUGAAAUCACGCUGGAUAAGCUGUCUGACUAUGUUUACAACUGGACGCUCGACACUGCUUCUAGUCCCGCUGUGAAUGCGCUCUUCGCUUUCGUGAGGACGCGUCUUCCACCCGCUCUCGAGGCCAAGUUUGCCGAGUUCCCUGCAGCUCUCAUUGAUACUCAUGGAAAGGACCUUACUGUCAGCGGUGAAGCUAGCCGCACAGGUACACCAGCUCCUUCUAUCAGCGCAUCUGUUGCGACGGCCGCAUCAGCAUCUACGACCGUUCCAAAACCUGCCCCGGUCAAAGAGGUUCAAAUGAACACGUCCAGUGUGGUCAAGGAAGCGACGUUUAUGGCUGCUGCAGAUGAUCUUUUCGGGCUCUUCACGGACGAAAAGAGAAUUCCUUCCUGGACCCGUGCACCGGCUCAGUCUGCAGCGCAAGUAGACACUGAGUACUCGUUGUUUGGUGGUGGUGUCAAGGGCAAGUACGUGUCACUGACGCUAGGCAAGGAGAUUGUGCAGACUUGGGCUUUGCAAAGUCCUACGUGGCCAUCAGGGCACUUUGCGACUUUGACAACGACUUUUGAGCAGUCUUCUGAUUCGACGAAAGUGAGGUUUACUCUUGAUGGUGUGCCGAAAGGCAUGGAAGACGAAAUUACGAGGAAUUUGGAGGGAUACUAG